GAUUAUAGGUUUUAAUUAAAAGAGAGAGCGGAUGGAGCCCAAAAACUUUCUUCAUGAACAUCCACUGCAUUUCUUUGAAGAGUGGAGCAAUGUCCACAGUGAGACUAGUAGUGUUAAUUGCUCAUCAGGAUGUGGGCAGCCAAUCUCAACUCAGUUCUAUGCAUGCAUCGACUGUAAGUUUUUCCUUCAUAAAUCAUGUUCUGAGCUACCAUUGAACAUCACUCACCCCUUCCAUGAUAAACAUCCUCUCAUUCUUCUAUCUGAUUCACCAUACGAAAGUGGGCCUGCAGUUUGUAAUUUUUGUGACAGGGACGUUGAUGGAUUUGUUUACCACUGUUCUUCUUGUCAAUUUGACCUUGACAUCAAAUGUGCCUUGCUCCCAGAAUUCCUCAAUGGAGAGUUUCCAAAAGUUGAUCAUCACUUUCAUGUUGAACACCCAUUCUUCUUCAUCGAAAAUCUUAGCCAUGAAGUUGAACUAGAUUCUUCCCGCCAUUGCAGCGUUUGCUUCGAACAGUUAUCAUCUGAUUCUUCCUUUUACACUUGUCUUGCUUGUGAGCUUUUCCUUCAUAAAUCAUGUUCUGAGACUGAGCUACCAUUGAACAUCAAUCACCCUUUCCAUGACAAGCACACUCUUACUCUUACUCUUGUUAAAGUGGAUAGAGUAGUACGUUGUCAAUUUUGUCAGGAGAGUUUUUAUUCUGCAGGAUUGUUGUACCAUUGUUCUUCUUGUAAUUUCAACCUUGACAUCAAAUGUGCCUUGCUCCCAGAAUUCCUCAAUGGAGAGUUUCCAAAAGUUGAUCAUCACUUUCAUGUUGAACAUCCACUCUUCUUCAUCGAAAAUCUUGGCCAUGAAGUUGAACUAGAUUUUUCCCACCAUUGUAGUGUUUGCUUUGAACAGUUAUCAUCUGAUUCUUCCUUUUACACUUGUCUUGCUUGUGAGCUUUUCCUUCAUAAAUCAUGUUCUGAGACUGAGCUACCAUUGAACAUCAAUCACCCUUUCCAUGAGAAGCACACUCUGGCUCUUACUCUUGUUAAAGUGGAUGGAGUAGUACGUUGUCAAUUUUGUCAGGAGAGUUUUUAUUCUGCAGGAUUGUUGUACCAUUGUUCUUCUUGUAAUUUCGACCUUGACAUCAAAUGUGCCUUGCUCCCAGAAUUCCUCAAUGGAGAUUUUCCAAAAGUUGAUCAUCACAUUCAUGUUGAACACCCACUCUUCUUCAUCCAAAAGAACCUUAUUAGCGACGGCUAUAAGGUUGAACUACGUUCUCAUUGCUUUGUUUGCCCAGACUCAUUAUCUGGUAGUUCUUUUUAUUACUGCCCAGAAUGUCAACUUUUCCUUCAUAAAUCGUGUGCAUUUGAAGAGGGGCCUUUGAAAAUUAAUCAUUCUUUCCAUGAUGAACAUGCUCUUACUCUCAAAAAAGGCAGCCCCUCUUGGUGGUCUAGACCAGCAUGUAACUUUUGUCUUAAUGUUAUCAAGGAAUUUAGGUACAGCUGUUCUUCUUGUGAGUUCCAUCUUGACGACCGAUGUGCUUUGCACAUCACCAAAGAUCUCCCCAAACGUGAUCAUCGUUUUAGCCAUGAUCACCCACUCGCCUUUGUCCAAAUUCUUAGCGACGAAGUUAAAAUAAAUGCUUCCUGCUCUGUUUGCUCAAAACCAUUAUUGGGCACUUCUUUUUACAAUUGUCCUGAUUGUAGAAUUUUCCUUCACAAAGAAUGUGAGGCAGAGUUGUGGGCUAAGAUUGAGCAUGUUGCCCACCCUGAACACCCUCUUAGUCUUGUAUUUUCAGCGCAUUACACCUGCAACUUUUGCCAAGAAGAUAAACGGGAUGUGAAGAAAAUUGGAUAUAAAUGCCCCUCUUGUGCCUUUUAUAUUCAUCAUGAGUGUACCUUACCCAGGUUCUUCCCAAAAAGUAAGAUCCAUGACCACCAGUUGAGCCCAUUCAUGAGGAAAAAUCCCUUCAUUUGCGAUGCAUGUGGGGGGGCAGGAGAUAACGCUCGCUAUUUUUGUUUAAAGUGCAGCAUCAUGAUCCAUCGGGAUUGUAUUUUCCUGCCAAAACUCAUCAAAUUCAAACUGCACAAUCAUCAUAUACUCGGCCACAACUACAGGUUUCCACAAAAAGUGGGUGAAAAAUGGACCUGUCAAUUUUGUUUCAAAAAGGUGGUGGCAGAGUAUGGGAGUUACAAAUGUUUGCACUCAGAUUGUACUUAUGUUCUUCAUGGGAGUUGCGUAAAAAAGAAUGAAGGUCGUCUUUAUAUCGAAGUUGAGUCAGAGAAUGAGGAAAGUGAUGAUGAGGCUUCUUCUUCUUCAAGUUGUGCUGUGGCGCUAGGAGACAAGAUAGAUCAUUUCAGCCACGAGCAUGAAUUAGUGCUUGAUAAGGAGGAGAUUAUUAUGAAUGGUGAUAAAAAAUGUUGCGAUGGGUGUGCAUUACCGAUCUUGGAGGCCGCUUAUAGUUGUCCACAACCAGAGUGUAAUUUCUCCCUUCACAAGGCAUGUGCCCAAAUUGGAGAGGACAAACCACAUUGGGCUUCUCGAGAUCCUGUUCCAGUUAUCAUGGAGUCCCAUUUUGAGUGUCGAUUUUGUAAGUAUGACUGCAGCGGUUUUCGUUCCAUCUGGAAAGGAGUUGAUGGUAAUAGGAGGAAAAUUUGCCACAGAUGUAGUGAGAUCGAUUUCAUCACUAAGCAUGAAGCACAUGAUCAGCACUUCCUCUUCUGUGAUGAAGAUCACAAGGGACCAUGUAGUGGCUGCGGUGAGGAAAUGGGUGAAUAUGGUGGUUACAGAUGCACGCUGGCAGAGGAAGAGGAGAAUUGCAAAUUUUUUGCCUUGGACUACAGAUGCAUGACACGGCCCCUUACAGCUGAACAUAGGUUCCACCAUCACCCUCUAAAACUCAUUUAUGAAGAUCCUUACAAGGAUGAUGAUGGUGAUCCAUUUCAACACAUGUGUGAAAUCUGUGAAGAUAGAAGAGAUCCAAAGCUCUGGUUUUAUCGGUGUGAUGAGUGCGAUUUUGAUGCUCAUCCCGAUUGCGUUCUUGGAGAUUACCCAUUCAUCAAGCGCGGGAGCAUUUAUUAUUAUUAUAUUAUAUGUGAUUCUCAUCAAGAACCUCUCAGGUAUUUCCAGAGUGAGAAAUAUCCCUAUCCGAAAUGUCAUUGGUGUGGCGAUCCUUGCAAAGAUCAGCUGGCUCUUAAUUGUCCCCACUCUGAUUGCCCCUUUGCCUUACAUUUGAAGUGUCGCGAUUUAUAUGAUUCUGCAAGUAUUGAAGACGUUUUGAUGGUAUCGACUCGAUGGGAUUAACUGACCCAAAACGGCAAGUGUUGAAGACGUUUUGAUGAUACAUGCUUCCGCUGUUCUGCAUUCCUCUACCAUAGAAAAACUGCAAGAACCAUCCCCAUGAUUGCUCGAUCAGUUGCUGCUUCCGCGAACGAUUUCCUGCUUAGGUUUGUGCCCAUCAUUUGCUGGGUUUGCUUUCUGAAAAUAACAUGUAAGGAAUUGC